ACCACCAUUAACGCCCUUCAAUCGGAGCGGAAGACUCGCGAGGCGAAUGAAGUGAACCGGCAAGGUGAAAAAGGCGGCCAUGGCGAGCUUCCUCGGCCACCCGUCAUCGUCUCCUCCGUUCCUGCAUAAUCCCACCCUCCAGCCUCCUCCUCUCUCCUCCCCCUCCUUUCUUCAGCUCAAGAGGAGCUGUCCGAGGAGAGUGGUGGUAGUUCCAGUGAAGUGCGCUCCCUCGGGACCUAGCGAUGAUGUGGAACCUGACCCAGCUUCUCCAUCGUCGUCCUUAUCAUGGAGCGCCUCGACGUACAGAUGGUCUGCGGCCCUCGGGGGGAUAGGGUUCGUUGAAACUGUCUACUUGACCUACCUGAAGCUCUCCGACUCCGAUGCCUUUUGCCCGGUCGGGGGUGGCAGCUGCGGGGACGUGCUCAACAGUGACUAUGCCUCUGUUUUUGGCAUUCCACUUCCAUUGAUCGGAAUGGUUGCAUACGGGACGGUGGCAACCCUCAGUUUGCAGUUGGCAGAAAGGAAGUUUCCCUUUGAAAUAGGCAUAUCGAAUGGCCGUUUGGUUUUGCUUGGGAUCAGUACAUCCAUGGCAGUUGCGAGCGCGUACUUUCUGUACAUUCUCAGCACGAAGUUGUCAGGAGCCUCUUGCUCAUACUGUUUGGUUUCAGCCUUUUUAUCGUUCAGCUUAUUCUUUAUCAUAUCGAAGGAUUUUGGGUUCGAAGAGAUACAAAAAGCGGUGGUAUUACAGCUCUGCGCAGCCAGCUUAGUGUUUCUUACGCUUAACACUGCAUAUACUUCAUCUCCAUCUGUCCCUUCAAGCCUUGCUGAGGUGGACCUGCCAUAUUUCACCACUGAGGUAACCACUCAGUCAAGUCCCUUUGCUGUUUCUCUUGCACGGCAUUUGCGGUCCAUAGGGGCUAAGAUGUAUGGAGCUUUUUGGUGCUCUCAUUGUUUGGAACAAAAAGAGAUGUUCGGUAAGGAGGCUGCAAAGCUUCUAGAUUAUGCGGAGUGCUUUCCAAAUGGAUAUAAGAAAGGGACUAAGAUAGAGAAGGCAUGUGCGGAUGCUGCAAUCGAAGGUUUUCCAACAUGGAUCAUUAAUGGUCAGGUCUUGAGCGGAGAGCAGGAACUAGCAGAGCUGGCCCGAGUAUCAGGGUUCGAGUCUAAUGAAGUAGGCCAGCCAAGUUAGAGAAUCGACAUUUGCCCAGAGAAUUUGAUAAGGUGGGCAGCGGACUCCAGGAAUAUAUUUGCAGCUUUUGCGGUGUUAAAGAGCAUAGAUCGAAUUCGAAAUCUUAACUUUACACAGGAUUCAGCUGUAUAGAUGCUCCAUGCUCUUAUUGUACCAAAACGAGUUUUGUACAAGAUACGGUGAUCACACAUUUGAAUGCAGCACGGAUGUACCUUUACAGAGAUUGAGUUAAUUUGCCGAUUUUCCGGGA